AUUGGUGCAGAAAAGUCUAAUGGAAAAUCUUCAAAUGGAAAAUCUGAACGACAUCCUUAUCAUGUAGUAUUCUUCUAUCAAAUAAAUGGUAAAAGCUAUUUUUACGCUCAUAGUACUGAUACUCUUAAAUGGUACAUUAAAGAACUAUCUGACGGUGGUAAAAUUGGCGAGGAAACCGCUUGUGGAAUCUGGGAAACCCCAUAUCAUGUCGCAUUUCCCUUUCAAAUUGGUGAUCGGACUUAUUAUUAUGCUCAAAAUGUUGAUUCUAAUUGUUGGUAUAUUCAAGAAUUAGUUGAAGGGGGUCAAUUAGGUGAAGAAACUGAUCAAGGACAAUGGUUAAAUACUUAUCAUGUUGCUUUUCCUUUCACGAUUAACGGAAGAACAUUUUAUUAUGGUCAUAAUAUCGAUUCAAAUUACUGGUUUAUUCAAGAGUUAUUAGAAGGUGGGAAAAUGGGAGAAGAAACCGCUAAUGGAACUUGGCAAAAUGCUCAUCAUGUUUGUUUCCCUUACCAGAUUAAAGAUAAAUAUUAUCUUUACAUGCAUAACACUACUAAUC